AAAAAAAAUUGCAAAUCCCCGGGAAAUGAUGAAUCGAGGGGUCCCUCUCCAUUGGCUUCAGCCUUUUGAUUUAGAAUUUUGAAGAGAACCCAUUGGUGUUUGUCCAACUCCACCAUGAAAUUUUCAUUUCCCUUCUAAUUUUUCUUACCCCUUUCUCUCCAUCUUCUUCGCUUUCCCUCUCUCCUCCUCUCAGCUUCUGCUGAUCGAUCCAUCCUUGUAACUGAAAAUGGAGGCAUUCUAUUUCCUGGUAUUUGGGGCGCUAACAGCACUGGUGGCAGUUUUGGAGCUGAGCAAAACCAGUAAAGAUCGCAUCAAUACUUCCUCUGCUUUCAAUGCCUUCAAAAACAACUACCUCGUUGUUUACUCUCUCAUGAUGGCUGGGGAUUGGUUGCAGGGCCCAUAUGUUUACUAUCUCUAUAGUACAUACGGCUUUGGAAAGGGAGAUAUUGGCCAACUCUUUAUUGCUGGUUUUGGAUCCUCCAUGUUGUUUGGAACAAUUGUUGGGUCUCUAGCUGACAAACAGGGUCGAAAGAGAGCAUGCAUCACUUAUUGUAUUACCUAUAUACUGAGUUGCAUCACUAAGCAUUCUCCUGAAUACAAAGUCUUAAUGGUGGGACGAAUAUUGGGAGGCAUCGCAACAUCUCUGCUCUUUUCAGCCUUUGAGUCCUGGCUUGUUGCAGAGCACAACAAGAGGGGUUUUGAUCAACUGUGGCUUUCAGUGACAUUCUCCAAGGCAAUAUUUCUCGGAAAUGGGCUAGUUGCCAUCUUAUCUGGUUUGUUUGGUAAUUUACUGGUAGACACUCUGAGCUUAGGCCCAGUUGCUCCAUUUGAUGCCGCCGCUUGCUUUCUUACAAUUGGUAUGGCAAUUAUAAUGUCAUCAUGGUCUGAAAAUUAUGGAGAUCCUUCAGAAAAUAAGGACUUGUUUACGCAGUUCAGGGGCGCUGCUGUUGCCAUAGCUUCUGAUGAGAAAAUUGCAUUGCUUGGUGCCAUACAGUCCCUUUUUGAAGGUUCAAUGUACACCUUUGUGUUCCUCUGGACUCCAGCACUGAGCCCAAAUGGAGAAGAAAUUCCACAUGGUUUCAUUUUUGCAACAUUCAUGUUGGGUUCAAUGAUGGGAAGCUCAGUUGCCUCAAGACUGAUGGCCCGCACAUCCCUUAGAGUUGAGAGUUAUAUGCAGAUUGUAUUUGUAAUCUCUGCAGCAUCCCUCUUGCUUCCCAUCAUAACAAAUUUCUUGGUAGCACCUUCUGGUGUAAAAGGUGGAGGGAUUUCAUUCUCUGGGUCUAUCCAGCUUAUUGGCUUCUGUACAUUUGAAGCAUGUGUUGGAAUAUUUUGGCCAUCUAUAAUGAAGAUGAGGUCCCAGUACAUUCCAGAGGAGGCUAGAAGCACUAUAAUGAACUUCUUUCGCAUUCCACUCAACAUCUUUGUGUGUGUUGUGCUGUACAAUGUCGACGCAUUUCCUAUCACUGUGAUGUUUGGCAUGUGCUCAAUCUUCCUGUUUGUGGCAUCUCUUUUGCAAAGGCGACUUACAGUGAUUUCUGAGAUCCAAAAGUCAAGAUCACAAGAUUGGUCAAUGAUCAAAGAAAGGGACACGGAGUCUGAGCCAUUAAAUGAUUAAUUACUUUCAUGGAAUUAGACCUUUGGAACUCGCAAGGUUGCAAGCAGCCACUUUUUCUUACUCUCUGGUGUUGUAGUGUAGCCAGUUAGCUGUCUGCAAUCUGAUUAAUAAGUGAGGAAUAUGAGUCAACUCCGUGUUUGAUAAAGAAAUUUUGAUGGUGGAAAAGUGGUGCUUUUAGAGUGAAGGAUAUGUUUUUUAGGUCAAGGAACUAUAGGAAAUACUCCCCUAUCCAGCCGAAAAUGCACAAUUAUUUGUGAUUUCUCUCAGCUAUUAUGGUGCAGUCAACUAUUUUUUUAAUGAUUAAUAAGUGAAAUGAAGAUUUCCUGUUCUUGUUCAUAA